AUGUGCGUCGCAGCAACAUCAUCAACGCAGGGACUCAUCAAUCUUGUCCAACGAAGAAUCCCAAACCAUGUCAAUAGCUUCACAUUCUCACUCACCGAUACCAACAGUACGGACAAAAAUGGCUACAUACGCCAGAAUGACAGCUAUGAAGUUUCCUCGGCCUCAAAUGGAACAAUUCUGAUCGAAGGUACAUCCCUGAGUGCUCUUGCCACUGGACUUCGACGCUACCUCACGGAGGUGGCACAUGUGGACAUCUACUGGUUCGUUGGAAGUCGUCUUCAUACUGCACCAUCGCACUUGCCCAAACUCGAAAUGUCAUUACGAGGCUCAAGCGCAGUCCCAUGGAGAUAUCAUUUUAACACCGUUACUUUCUCCUAUACUACCGCUUUUUGGCAGUGGGAAGACUGGGAACUAGAAUUAGACUGGGCGGCUCUCCAUGGGGUUAACUUGGCUAUUGCAUGGGUUGGAUACGAGCAAAGCUUACGGACAGCAUUUAAGAGCAUUGGAAUGGCUGAUGAUGAUAUUCUCCCUUUCUUCAGCGGCCCCGCGUUCCAAGCCUGGAACCGAUUUGGCAAUAUCCAAGGGUCCUGGGGUGGUAGUGACUUGCCACUUAGAUGGAUCGAGGAUCAGUUUUCCAUGCAGAAAAAGAUUGUUGCGCGAAUGGUUGAGCUCGGUAUCACACCCGCUCUGCCUGCAUUCCCGGGAUUUGUGCCGGCAAAUAUCACCAACGCAAAACCAGACGUCAACGUUACCAGGGGUUCGGAUUGGGGAGGCUUCCCAGAACAGUAUUCUGAAGUUACUUUCCUAGAUCCCCUAGACCCAGUCUUUUCCGAGUUGCAGAAAAACAUCAUCCAAGCACAAAUUGAGGCGUUUGGCAAUAUCACCAAUGUCUACACACUCGAUCAGUUUAACGAAAUUACCCCGGCCUCCAAUGAUACGGGUUAUCUUAAAAAAGUGUCGUAUAGCACAUGGCAAGGUCUCAAGGCAGCGAAUCCAGCUGCUAUAUGGUUGAUGCAGGGCUGGCUCUUUUUGCAAUCCACAUUCUGGACUAACGAUCGAAUCUCCGCUUAUCUGGGAGGCGUGGAAAAUAAUAACGAUAUGCUGAUUCUUGAUCUCUACUCCGAAUCGGUCCCUCUAUGGCAGCAAACGAAAUCGUACUAUGGUAAACCUUGGAUAUGGUGCCAACUCCACGAUUUCGGCGGCGCAAUGAGUCUAUAUGGACAGAUUAUGAAUGUCACCGUCAACUCAACCCAGGCUCUAGCCCAGUCGGAUUCUCUGGUCGGCUUCGGGUCAACAAUGGAGGGUCAAGAAGGGAAUGAAAUUAUGUAUGACUUGAUGCUUGAUCAGGCUUGGUCAACGGAACCUCUGGAUGCUCAGUCUUACUUUUCCAAUUGGACCGCUAGCCGAUAUUCCUCAGGCAAUGCGCCAGUUGCACCCGAGCUUUUCACAGCAUGGGAUAAGCUACGAUUGACGGCAUAUAACAACACCAAUUCAAGCACGGAUUGCACCCCAAAGGCUAUCUACGAGUUGCGCCCUAGUAUCGAGGGCCUGACCGACCUAGCUGGCCAUUUCCCUAACCCGACUACAGUCAAUUACGACCCAUCGGAAAUGGUUGAUGUAUGGAACUUGAUGAUUCAGGCUGCCAAGGGAAAUGUGUCAUUAUGGGACCACCCUGCUUUCCAAUACGAUGUCGUGGACGUGACGCGUCAAGUGAUGGCAAACGCGUUCAUUGAUUACUACAAAGAUUUCGUAGCAGCAUACAAGAACGGCGAAGACAACCUCUACAGCAAACGAGGCGAACCACUUCUUCAACUCUUAACAGACCUCGACCACGUCCUAUCACAGAACGCCGCCUUUGAUCUAUCGACAUGGCUUUCCAAUGCCCAUAGGUGGUCAGACAACUCCUCGGCCGCGUUUUAUGAGUAUGAUGCUCUCAACCAAGUUACUCUCUGGGGCCCUGAUGGAGAGAUUAGCGACUACGCGUCGAAAUCAUGGGGUGGCUUGGUGUCAUCAUACUACCGUGAGCGAUGGUCGAUCUUUGUGCAGUAUGUAUCGGAAACAAGCUACGGCAGCUACAACGACACUAAGAUUAAAAGUUCUAUUGAGUCAUUUGAGUUGAAGUGGCAGACGAAGCCUUUCUCUCCCAGUCCACCGUCGGGAGAGCCUACUUUGGAGAGAGCUAUCCAGAGAGCGCAGAAGAAUUGGCCUUCGGUGUUUAAUGUUAAAUCUGGGUCGUAG